UCACAAAAAGAUAAAGCAAAAGCUAAAAUGCUAAAUUAACUGAGAAUCUCUCUCUCUCUCUCUCCUUUGCCUCCCCUCGUUAAAGAAGAGUACCGUGGAGACAAUCUCCGACAUUCUGUGAAGAGACAAACACAAUCAAACAAUCAUUGGUAAUAUAUUCAUUUGUUCUGCAGCUGCUGUUGUUUGUUAUAUUUUGCUGAGAGAGAAAGAUGUUGGUCGUAAAUAGCUUCGAUUUAUGGCAAAAAGAUACCUUCUUCUCUGCAGCUGAGGAGGUUCAGCAAUCUGCCGAUAUAAUGGAAUCGGCUUAUAGGGCAUGGCUCAAAUCAAGGAAAGAAGGGUUGAUAUCACAGAAUUUAGAUAAGCUUGAUAGAGACCUUCAGAUGGCUUUGGGCACUGCAAAAUGGCAGUUGGAAGAGUUUGAAAGAGCUGUUUGUCUAAGCUACAGAAACAAGGGUGAUGAUAUUACAAUCACCCGGCAUAGGGAAUUUGUUUCUGCCAUAGUGGACCAAAUUUAUCGUGUUGAAACAGCAUUGAAUGUGUCACUGAAAGUUGAAGGGAAGAAACCAUUUCGGUGGGUGAAUUUGGACAAGGAAGAAUUUGAUGACUUAGCUCAUUUUCUGUCCGGAACUCCAGGGACAUCACAGACGAUCAAAGAUGGUCGUAUAAAUGUGGGAUCACCAGUCGCUAACUCACUUUGUAAAAGUAAUAUAGAGGAAGUAAACAGUCUUGGUUCUCCAGUAAGUACCAAAAUCCCAUAUCAGGGUCAGGAAGGAGUUCCUGCAGGUGUUAAGGAUAUAAACUGCUCCAUUGAUCUACAGGAGAGAAAAGUUCGUGACACAGAGGAUGAAAUCAGCAACCAAGCUGAUCAAAGUAUUAGUAAUCUAAGAGCCUGGAGUUCGCCAGAUGGGAACACUUUGGAGAUUGUUGUUGAUAUGGAUGAUAGAGAAACCAAUGAAUUAAAUGAAGCAAUGCCUAAAGGGGAAGGUUCAAAACCUUUGAUUUGGAAGUCAAGGGGAGAUAUAUUUUGUAGAGCUAAAGCAGUGAAAAGCCACACCCAAAUGAAAUUGAUAAAUUGGAUACAUAAUCACUUUAGGGGACGCCAGGGAAAUCAAAGACAACGUCUAUCACCAGGGGUUCCAGUUAAAUCUAUACGUUUCGUACUAGCUUUGAUGUUAACCAUUUUUUUAUUUGUCCCCUUCGUCCUCCACUCAACUUAAGCCUUGCUGAAGUACCGUGUCUAAUAGAGGUCUUGGAGUAGGAAUAGCGAUGGGCUAGGGACGGCUUCUUUAGUUCAACUGUGGAUAAACAUGGUGGAGGUCCGAGAUUCCCCAGUUUGAGGUACAUCUCAAACGCAUAUCUCCGAGAAUAUAGAUUGUAAAACAUGCAGCAUCCGAUCUUGGACAGAAAACGAACUUCUGAGACGGCUGUUGUAUAGUUGUGUGCAAAAUGGUGGUGUGAUGUUCUUCAGCCUUGAGUUUACAAGGAAAGUGUGUAAAUGCUUCUUAUUGAUUGAUGCAGACAAGACAUCCUUGAUUGUUAUAAUAGUAUGUAAUUAGGUUGAUUAAUGCUUCUUAUUGAUUGAUGUAGACAGCCUUGAGUUCACAAUCAACUUUUAUCAUUCUAUCUCUCCUCUAAUCCUAUUUCUGAAACCAAUAUUUGUGGAU